AUGGGAGUAUCUGAUUCCGGUUCAUCAUCUACUCCUGAAUUACCAAUCCACGAUAUCGAUCGGCCAGGGUCGGGUAGUGGAGUUGAUGAUGAGGAUAUCCCUAGGAGGAAGCAGAGGAGAUACAGAACCACCUUCACCAGCUACCAACUCGAUGAACUGGAGAAAGCCUUCGGAAGAACUCACUAUCCAGAUGUUUUUACAAGGGAGGAAUUGGCUCUCAAAAUUGGUCUCACCGAAGCAAGAAUACAGGUAUGGUUUCAAAACCGUAGAGCUAAAUGGCGCAAGCAAGAAAAGGUGGGUCCCCACGCUCAUCCGUACGGCGGGUAUUUGGGAGGGCAGCCUUUGCCAACAGCUGCUAUGCAAGUACCACCACACUCACUCACACAACUUGGCUUCGGAUUGAGGAAGCCUUUCGACAGCUCCUUGGCUACAUUCAGGUAUGCCAGUAGUCCAUUAUUCGGGACGCAAUACCUACCACAUCUGUCGAGGCCUCACCUAUUCGGGGCCCCGUUGUACGCCACAUCGCCAGCUCAUUUCCACUCUCUAUUCGCUAACCUGACCGCACCAGAACCACCGCGUACAUCACCCGAACAUUCCCGAUUAUCACCCGAAGUUACCCGAUCCCCAUCACUAUCUCCCCCCAUUUCCCCAGGUAGUGAAACUCUCCCCCAAGUAGAAGAUGUUAGAAGUUCCAGUAUAGCAGCCUUAAGGCUAGCUGCUAGGGAACACGAAUUAAGAUUAGAACUAUUGCGGCAAAGAGCCGAUUUAAUUUGUUAG